UUUCAUGCAAUAAUAUAUAAUCAUUCUACCACCUAACAAGAAAUGCUCAUCAACAAGAAUAAUAAUCUCUCCACUCUUCUCCUCGAUUGAUUGUUGACUUUGGAAUUUGAGUACGUGAGUGUUAGUUGAAUUGGUUUAGAAUUGAACCAAGAAAGAAAAACAACAACAAUGCAGGAUCCUGUUUUAGCUAAAAGUUUUAGUCGAAAUGAACGGAAGAGAUUUGGGUAUGGCGGUUUAGUUCUGAUUCUGAUCAUCAUUUUGAGUAGCUGCAUGGUUUUCAAGCCUCAUCUUCAUCCACUCUUCAUGAUUGGGGAAGUGAUGAACCUGCAAUUAUCCAUCACUGCAACGACACAGGACUUGCUUGUCCUCAACGACACAACAUUUCCCCGCGCAAUGGCAAAGGAAGAGAAGGAGGUGAAGCCAAUCUGCAACUUGUUGGAAGCUCGGUCUGAUUAUUGUGAGAUGAAAGGGGACAUAAGAGUGGUGGGAAAUUCAUCAACAAUAUUCCUCGUCACGCAUGAUGAUCUGUCUGGUCGGACUGCCAAUAAUUCUUGGACCCUCCGGCCAUAUCCAAGAAAAGACAGCGCCGCCGCAAUGGCGCAAGUCAAGAACUGGACAGUAAAAUUGGUCCAAGAAACCGCAGAAAUCCCCAAAUGCGGCGCCUUCCACGGCUACCCGGCGGUGCUGUUCUCCCAGGGAGGCUUCUCCGGCAACCAUUUCCACGAUUUCACCGAUCUUCUAGUCCCCAUUUUCGCCGCGUCCCAGCACUUCAACGGCGACGUGCAUUUUCUCGCCACAGAUUACCGGAAAUGGUGGACUGGCAAGUACAGGAUGCUGUUGGGCCGCCUGUCCAAACAUCAGGUCACCGAAAUCGACAACGACAACGUUGUCCAGUGUUUUCCUAGUAUGACUGUCGGCCUAAAAUGCCACAAGGAAUUAGGCAUCGACUCCUCAAAGUUCCCAAACAAAGUCUCCAUGAAACACUUCAAGACUUUCCUCAGAACCACAUUUUCCCUGCCAAGAACCCAAUCCAUUUCAUUGGGCAAUGCUGAGGAUUCAGGAAGCCCGAGAAGGCCUAGAUUGAUGAUGAUAUCGAGGAAGAAAACACGGAUGGUGAUGAACGAGGACGAAGUCCUCGAAAUGGCAGAGAAACUAGGCUAUGAAGUGGUGAAAGCGGAGGCGAGCAUUUCGACCAAUCUGUCAACAUUUGCAGGGGUGGUGAAUUCCUGUGAUGUGAUGAUGGGGGUGCAUGGAGCAGGGUUAACAAACAUGGUGUUCUUGCCCGACAAUGGCGUCGUGAUUCAGGUGAUUCCAUUGGGGGAAAUAGAUGGUUUUGGGAUGAGGGAUUUUGGGUACCCUUCUGCAGAUUUGAAUGUGAAGUAUUUGGAGUAUAAGAUUGGGGUGAAUGAGAGUUCUUUGGUGGAUAGUUAUCCACUUGAUGAUGCUGUGCUUAAGGAUCCACAGUCCAUUCAUAGGAAGGGAUGGACGGCACUUAGAUCAAUUUACUUGGACCAACAGAAUGUAAGGAUUGAUGUUAACAGGUUUAGAGACACUUUGAUUCAAGCUCUUACACUUCUGCAACAUUAGAGAGAGCUCUGCUAUGAUCUUAGGUUCAUUGGUAGUACAUAUUUUUGAUAAUAAUAAUAGCCACAUAAUUGUAAUAAUGCUCCAUCCUUUAUCCUCUUUCUCUUAUUAUAUAAAAUAAUUCUAUACAAAAUUCUGGUCUAU